UGAACUCAAUCCGAGUUUUUCGGACACGUUUGCUGACGUAAGGCGCUGUGGUAAAUGGAAAUGGAGGCGCCCAUAUCUCACCUUCUUACCAGUCGGCUGCCAAGACAAGAAUCAAGUCAGAGGGGCUCCAGAGCACCCGGAGGUUAUUUAUCGUCGAGUACUUCCCAAGCGAGAACAUCGGUUUCGUAAAGCUGUAGUCUGCAAUGGCUCGUGCUCGGCGACGUAGUGGCCGCUCUAGCAAUAUUGCUAAUGCAGGAUCACCGGAAGAGGCUGCAGACGGUGCUUCACCAGCUUCACCUACUCCCACUGAGAACGGCGCUCAUUCCGCUCAACCCGACCCUUCUCGUCAAGACGAUGAGAAAUGCCCCGCAUGUGCGGAUGACCAGACGCAAGAGGAGAAGGAUGCUGGACAGGAGAGUUGGGUGAGGUGUGAUGCGUGCAGAACUUGGUUUCAUUGGCGAUGUGUGGGUAAAGGAGAUUUGGAAGUUAUCGACAAGUGGUACUGCCGGCCUUGCCUGGACGCUGAUACCAAGCGAGUCAUUACCAUGAAACCUCCCGCACGGAAGUCCUCUAGAAAGAAGACGCAACGGGAUUAUGCCGGACUUCAUGCAGGACAGGAAGCUGACCCUGGCAGGUGGCUUCGCAUGAUGCAAGGGAAGGAAAUCAAGCCCCAUUCAUUCAAGCACAUGAAGGGAAGCGAAGUCACACUGGAGUGGUUGGAGCAUGAUGAUACGGCUCUUACAGAGCCUAUCAUCAUUGAUUCCGCUGAAGGUUUAGGCAUGAAAAUGCCGCCCAGUGACAUUACCGUGGAUGAGAUUGCGGAAAUCAUCGGCGAGGACACGCCAGUAGAAGUAAUAGAUGUUUCCACGCAAUCGAACCUGCCAGGGUGGACUCUCGAGAAGUGGGCCGAAUACGUCGACACAGAACCCGAGAAGCGGGACAAAAUUCGCAACGUUAUAUCACUUGAGAUAUCCGGAACUUCAUUGGCGGAUAAAAUACUUCCUCCGCGACUAGUACGAGAGGUUGAUUGGGUGGAGAAGUUCUGGCCUAUUACCAAGAAGGGUCGUGGACACUCCUACCCAAAAGUGCAGCUUUACUGUUUGAUGGGUGUAGAAAAAGCCUGGACAGAUUGGCACAUCGACUUUGCCGGUUCCUCUGUGUACUAUCACAUCUUACACGGGGAAAAGGUGUUCUAUUUCAUUCGUCCUACUCCCUCCAACUUGGCUGCUUAUGAGCGAUGGUCAGGAACUGAAAUGCAGAACCAUUCGUGGUUGGGCGAUAUGGUCGAUGAUGUCUAUAAGGUGGAAUUGCAGGGGGGGAAUACCAUGAUCAUACCCACCGGAUGGAUACAUGCUGUGUACACACCAAGGGACACGGUAGUCAUCGGAGGCAACUUCCUCCACUCCUAUAACGUGGCAACUCAACUCAGGGUACGUGAGAUUGAGAUAUCGACUCAUGUUCCAAAGAAAUUCCGCUACCCCUUCUUUUCAAGGCUCUGCUGGUACACUGGCGAGAAAUACCUACGUGAUCUGAAGGCCAAAGAGGAGUUUUCCCCACGGGUCCUUGAAUCAGUUGAGGCACUGGCCGAGUUCCUUGUAUCGGAAGCUCGAGCUAUAGAGCGAGGUACGGAACAGGCCAGGAGGGAAGCCAAGGAACAGGUACCUUCGGAUCGUGUGAAGGAUCCGGCGGCUAUGGCCAGAGAGCUUCGUUGGCGAGUGAAGUUUGCCACAGGGUACACUAGCGACGACGAAUCGAGCCAUCGACGUAAAGGUAAGACUACCGCUAUAAGCUCUGUUGCGAGUGUCGGAGAGAAGCGGAAACGCAGCGUUGAUGAAGAUGAAGAAAAACAUUUGUUAUUCAAGAACUUCAAGCCUAGGAUUUGGGACAAAGUGACGGUCUUACCGACGGAAGAGGAGUCAAGGACAUUGAAGAGAAAGAAGAUGGAUGACAGUGAAGGCUUGGAUGUGUGGGCAGCCGGUACGGACCUAGAGGACGAUCCUGAUGCCGACGAGGGCGUCACAGUCAAGCGGCGGAAGAAUAUGGUGGUGAAGGUACGGAGAACGGCAAAGGGGCUGGAGCGACAACGGAUUGAGAGGAUAACGGAAGAUUGGGUCUGGGAUGAGCCAAAGCAACCAGUGCCAUCAAUAUCGCCUCACGCAUCACCGUCCUCGACACCGCCGCCCUCAGUGAACCUGAAUGGUAAGAGGGAUAGUGAGAAGGAUGAGGGCGAACCUCCAACGGUGGCCAUGGAGAUUGAGGGAGCGCGGUAAUGACUUUUUGUAUUUCAUGUGGUUUUGGGCAGGUUGUUGUAGUACUCUAGUGCGCUUAUCCUUAUUAGUCUUUUCCUCUGAUCUUCGUUAUUGCUCUUCCUCCUCCAUCUCAACUCGGGCUCGUUUUUGCCCUGUGCUGCUGCUGUCGUGCUCUCUUGGUGACGCUCUUUCUUUUCGUGGUCUCCCCAAAGUAGGUUG